AUGCCAAUGUUGCUGACUGUUUUGCCAAAACUAAUAGCCGCCUUCUUUUAUUAUACCAAUUUUCUAAAUGGUGAUUGGGUUUUGAAUGUUUUAUGUAGUGAUACUGAUUAUAGUUUCAAUAUCUUCGAAAUAAUUCCGUUAACUUAUGUAAUUGCUAAUUUUGACCGAGUCCGACCUUUGUUUUUGUUUUGUAAAAAGAGGAAUAAAGUAUCGGCUGAUGUGACUAAUAUGUCUACUCAGCAACCUGUUCCAUAA